CUCGUUUGUUGUCCGGCAGCAGACGACGCUCCUAACCUAAGUUUGAAGAAGUGACAUGAUGUAAACAACUGGUCACAACUGGCUUCUCCAAGAACAAUGGCUACAAUGACAUUCAAAGACUACUCUGUGUUACAAAGAUAUCAAGAAAGUAUUAAGAAAAUUAGGCGAUUCGGUUUGAACUCAAAUUUAUCUGAGCGGGAAGUUAAUAAUGCCAUGGAUCAGUGUCUUAGAUCACUUCUUGAUAAAGAGAAUGAAUCGAAGUCCAAAACAAGAAAAUAUGGGCUUUUCUCAAUUAUUCAACUAGGAACCACUGUCCUUAAAAAAUUAGCUUUCGUUUCUUUAGUCUGCCUUGUUACUGGUUUGGUCCUAUAUGGUCUGCUUCAGCACAAACCUAUUCAAUACUUCAUUCAAAGCAACUUGCAGGAUUUUAUAUAUCCUGGGAUGAAAAUUCUUAGAAAGCUAUCGUUACCUUUGAUAUCACUGUGCCCUUCUUUGACAAAGUUUUACGACGAAAGCUGCCUUGUUGUCAACCCAUUCUUUCGUGUGCCUGACAUGCCUUGCCCUUGUGAAGAUGUGCGUGCUGUCCUUAAUUUAACAGGAGAAAAUUUACAACAAGAACAAUACCAUUCUGGUAUCCCCUUCCUGGUCAAGGUUGACCGAGUAGAUGUUUCUUGGGAAAGUCUGAAAUCUUUAUACCUAAACAAUAGCAUUGUUUUCGACCGUGAUGCAUCCCAGGUGACUAUUUCAAGACCUUCCAGCCAUGGAUCAGCAGUGACCCCAAACACUAUUUUCAACAUGAAUUGGGACGAAAGUGAUCGUGAAAUGGAACAGUCUCAUAUUCAAUGGAGAUGUAACCGCAUGGAGCCAGCCCGCUUGCUGCGGUCUGUGUUUGGCGUGCCUUCACAUGAACCAACAUAUGCUGCUGGAGUGACCAUUGAGAAACUACUCAUGAUAGAUGGCCCAAAAGCUCCUCUUUAUCGUUUGCCAACCACAGAUGGUACAACUGUCUUCAUUCAACAGUCAAGUGGCUCUAGGAUAAUAAUUCUGACACCCGCACACGAGUGCAAGGAGAAGUGUUCUGCCGUGUCUGUUGAUUUACCGUCUGGCCACAUCUUGUGGUUUAGCUGGUGGUACUGGAGAGCUAGCAGUCUUCCAUCGCCUACCGCAAUUUCCAUGGGCAUUUCAUAUGUCGGUUCUUACCUGUGAAGUAUCGUCACCAGCUUCCCCGGAACUCUUACUACGUAUUUAUUUUUUAAAAUUUAUUUAUUUAGUUAUCUAUUGAUGAGUUGUCUGUCCAUAAAUGUCCUUCGCAGUAUUACAAGAUUCUAAGAAACGCUA